AUGGCUCCACGAUGGACAUACCGGUUGGACUUUUUACACAAUCGCUUGGUUGGAGAGAUGUCAGGUGGUGGGUGUAGUAUAGUUUGGUUCAGGAGAGAUCUAAGGGUAGAAGAUAAUCCAGCCCUUGCAGCUGGUGUAAGAGCAGGUGCUGUUGUUGCACUGUUUGUAUGGGCACCUGAAGAGGAAGGCCAUUAUUAUCCUGGUAGGGUCUCAAGGUGGUGGCUUAAACAAAGUUUGGCUCAUCUUGACUCUUCUUUAAGGAGUCUUGGUACUUCUCUUGUUACUAAGAGAUCAACUGAUAGUGUUUCUACUCUUCUUGAGGUUAUCAAAUCUACUGGUGCUACUCAGCUCUUCUUUAACCACUUAUAUGAUCCCUUGUCACUGGUUAGGGAUCACCGGGCGAAGGAGGUUUUGACUGCUCAAGGUAUUGCUGUAAGAUCUUUUAAUGCGGAUUUGCUUUAUGAACCAUGGGAUGUUAAUGAUGCCCAAGGCUGCCCUUUCACAACCUUUACUACUUUCUGGGAAAGAUGCCUCAGCAUGCCUUUUGAUCCAGAGGCUCCUCUUCUGCCGCCUAAGAGGAUUAUUUCAGGUGAUGUAUCUCGAUGCCCUGCAGACAUGCUGGUGUUUGAAGAUGAAUCGGAGAAAGGAAGCAAUGCACUUCUUGCCAGAGCAUGGUCACCUGGAUGGAGCAAUGCUGAUAGGGCUCUGACCACUUUCAUUAAUGGACCACUAAUUGAGUACUCUAAGAAUCGUAGAAAGGCUGAUAGUGCUACGACCUCGUUUCUCUCUCCGCACUUGCAUUUCGGGGAGGUGAGUGUGAGAAAAGUUUUCCAUCUUGUUCGCAUAAAGCAGGUUCUGUGGGCAAAUGAAGGGAACAAGGCUGGCGAAGAGAGUGUAAACUUGUUUCUCAAGUCAAUUGGUCUCAGAGAAUAUUCAAGAUACUUGAGUUUCAACCAUCCCUACAGUCAUGAAAGGCCUCUUCUUGGGCACCUCAAGUUUUUCCCUUGGAUUGUGGAUGAAGGCUAUUUUAAGGCAUGGAGACAAGGUAGAACAGGUUAUCCAUUAGUUGAUGCUGGAAUGAGAGAAUUGUGGGCCACUGGUUGGCUGCACGACCGUAUACGUGUGGUAGUUGCUAGUUUCUUUGUGAAGGUUCUACAACUUCCAUGGAGAUGGGGAAUGAAGUAUUUUUGGGAUACCUUAUUGGAUGCAGAUUUAGAGAGUGAUGCUCUUGGUUGGCAAUACAUUACUGGCACUCUCCCAGAUGGCCGUGAGUUUGAUCGCAUAGAUAAUCCACAGUUUGAGGGUUACAAAUUCGAUCCGAAUGGAGAAUAUGUACGCCGGUGGCUUCCUGAACUUGCAAGGCUACCAACUGAAUGGAUACACCACCCAUGGAAUGCACCUGAAUCUGUACUCCAAGCAGCCGGAAUUGAGCUGGGAUCAAAUUACCCGCUCCCUAUUAUAGGGAUAGAUGCAGCAAAACUCAGGUUGGAAGAAGCACUUUCAGAAAUGUGGCAGCAAGAAGCUGCUUCAAGAGCUGCAAUUGAGAAUGGAACUGAGGAAGGUCUUGGAGACUCCUCUGAAUCAGCUCCAAUUGCCUUCCCUCAAGACAUAUAUAUGGAGGAAAACCAAGAGCCUGUGAGAAACAAUCCUCCUGCUACAAAUCGUCGCUACGAGGAUCAGAUGGUCCCAAGCAUGACCUCUUCUUUUCUGAGAAUUGAAGACGAAGAAACUCUUUCAGAUGUUCACAAUUCUAUCGGAGGCGGAAGAGCAGAGGUACCGAGAGAUGUAAAUGUGAAUCAAGAACCAAGAAGAGACACUUUGAACCAGGGGUUUGUCCAAACUGUUCGUAAUAACAACAUUUUGCCACCAUUUAAUGUCUUGAGAGGUCUGGCAAAUGUUGAAGACUCGACAGCAGAAUCUUCAAGUAGUACUAGGAGAGAGAGGGAUGGAGGUAUAGUUCCAGUUUGGUCCCCUCCAACUGCUAGUUACUCGGAGCAGUUUGUUGGUGAUGAAAAUGGAAUUGGAGCAACUUCUUCUUACUUGCAGAGGCAUCCACAAUCUCCCCAGAUAAUCAAUUGGAGGAGGCUAUCUCAAACUGGGUAA